AUGCCUCUGUACGGAGCUUCAAAGGGGGACCAAAGGAAAAAGCUGCGCAGGCAGAGAGAGUCCCCUAGAUGGAUGGACAGCCACAGCAUGACAGAGGAAGUCCAAGGCACUCUUUCUUUGACUCGCCUCUGUCUUCUCAGUGUGGUGGAUAACAUAAAUACUAUAUGGGUAAAGGAUUACUCUGACAAGUACUUGGAUCACUACAUAUUCAGACAGAUCAUGGGGCCAUUCAAUGUACUAUGUUCUGACCUUGUGGAGGAUCUAAUCAAGCUACUCUGCAUAAAAAAAAGAAUAUCCCGCGCAUCCCUUGAUUUGUUGCUGGUUCCACAGUUGCGUACGCUGUGUCUGGCAACCUGCCCUGGUCUGGUCACCACUGUGGUCUGCACCCAGAUAGCUGCACGUUGUUCGCAUCUUUCUUGCCUGGAUUUCUCUGGAGCACAGCAAAUUUCUUCAAAAAUUCUCUCCCAAACUUUUCUGUCUUUACCCAAAUUGCGCUCCCUCUCUCUGGCUGGAACCACCACUGAUAGUAGUGUUCUUAGAGUGAUUGUCCGAAACCUCACCCAACUGGCACACCUGGACUUAUCUCGCUGUCAUCUGGUUACAUCUGCCAGACCUUCGCAAGCUAACACUACGGUACUCCUAUGA